ACUUUAAAAUAAAGAAGUAUUUAGACAACAAGUCAUCAAAUAUGAACACUAAUUUACAAUUCCCAAAUUUAAGAAACAAAGAAAGUAAAUUUUAUGGUGAACAAAAAAAUCUGACAACGAUUUUAUGUCUUCUAGUAGUUUUGAACAAGACUCUGGAUCAGAAUAUAAUCCUAAUACAGAUAACUUGUCAAUCAAUAGCUCAUUAUUACAAGAAAUGGAAAGCAAUGAUUCAGACGUUAUAGAACAACAGGAUCUAAUUAAAUUUAAAGUAGAUGAUCCAAACCUUCCAAGCACAUCACACAAACCAGAAAUCAUACAACUACCAAUUACAUAUGAUUCUGAUAAUCUACAGAUUCCAUUAUCUGAUCAAUCAUCUGUACCUUUUAUAUCAAGGAAUUAUAAUUUUAACGGAGUAGUAGAAACAAGUAAAAAGAAAAACAUUACCAAUAAAAGAGUUUGGGACAAGGUCGACCAUUGCUUAUUCUGUGAGAAUAGCGUCACAAAUUUCACCAGACAUUUAAUACGUAAACACGGCAAUGAAAUUGAAGUUAUACGAUUCAUGGCAUUACCAAAAGGAUCAGCUGAAAGAAAAACGGAAGCUGAUAUUUUAAGAAAGCGAGGAAAUUUUUUAUUCAAUGUUGAUGGAAAUACUAAAAUAAAACCAGUACGACGUCCUUAUGAGUUUGAAACUAAAACUUCGGUCGUUACUGAUUAUUUACCAUGUAAACAUUGUCUAGGAAUGUUUAAAAAAAAAUAUUUACAUAGACAUUUUAAAAUUUGUAAAAAUUUAAAAAUUAAAACCAACACAAGGAAUCAACCUCAGGCAGAUGGCCAGAAUAUUAUCCUUACAUUUUCAGAGACCGACGAACAGUUAUUAAAAAAUGUCUUCCCAAGAAUGGCUCCUGAUCAAAUAUCUCUAGUUGCAAAAUCAGAUAAUUUAAUAAAGGCUUUUGGAACCAGAUAUUUAAAGAGUCAUAAGGAAAAACAUUUAGUUGCAGUAGUCUCCCAAAAAAUGAGAACUUUGGCCCGUUAUCUAAUUGCCAUGAAGGAAGAAAAUAAUCAAAUUUUUUCACUUGAAGACUGUCUUAAUCCAAAAUAUUUCGAUUCCACAGUUAAAUGUUCUCAACAAGUAGCUAAAUAUAACAAACUGUCAAAUAGUUAUGCAUCUCCAUCUGUAAUUUUGAAACUUGGACAAUUGUUGAAACAAUGUUGUGAAAUUGCAGAAUUUAUUUUUUUAAAAGAACAACAUGGUAAUAUAAAUCAACAAGAAAAUAUUAAGGCGGUACAAAACAUGAAAUAUUUAAUAGAAACACAGUGGUCUCACGAAAUAUCUUCUAAUGCUUUGAAGGACAUUACACAGAAAAAGUGGAAUAAACCAGCGAUCUUACCUCUUACUUCUGAUAUUAAAUUAUUCAGAAAUCAUUUGUUAAAAAUCGAAAAUGAGUCAUAUAACAAAUUAAAAGUAAAUCCAGAAAAUUUACAUGCUUAUCGUGAUCUACAAGACAGUAUAUUAGCACAGUUAAUUUUGCUUAACCGCCGCAGAUAUGGGGAAAUUCAGAGAAUACAUCUUGAUACCUACACAAAUUCUAUAUCAGAAAUUUCUCAGGAAGAAAUUGUGCAGGCAUUAUCUCCCAUGGAAACAGAAUUGACUAAAAGCUUCAAACGUAUUGUAAUACGAGGUAAACGUGGGAGGGGUGUACCAGUGUUGUUUACACCUCACUUACAAAAACGUUUACAGUACUUGUUGCAACUAAGAAAAAUAGUCAGCUUUAUUAAUAAAGACAACCCGUACCUUUUUCCAUUAACUCAGUCUCCAAAUAAUUGUGUUAGAGCUUCAGAUGUAAUCCGUAAAUUUGGUGAUGAGUGUGGAGCUCAACACCCUGAAAACAUCACUUCAACACGUUUGAGGAAACAUGUCGCCACUGUAACACAACUAUUAAAUUUAUCUGAAGGGGAUAUAGAACAACUAUCUACAUUUAUGGGACAUUCAGUAAACGUGCAUAAAGAAUAUUACAGACUCUCUGACAAUGCGUUCCAGGUUGCCAAAGUUAGUAAGCUUCUAUUAAUGAUGGAAAAAGGACAAGGAAAUGAGUACCGUGGAAAAAGUUUGGAUGAAAUAGAUGUGGAUGUGGAUGAAUUACUGUCUGGUGAAGAAGACUCUACAGACGAAGAAAAUGAAAUUGAUAUAAAUCAAACCACAGCUCUUAAAACUAUUAAAUUAAAUAAAAAUAAAUCAAAUUCUUCUAUCAAAGAUAAGUCACAAAAACAAGUCCCCAACCAAAUUGAAGUAGGAACAAAAGGUUCAAAAAUAAAAAAAACAAUUGUUAUACCAUGGUCAGAAGAAGACAAAGUUAUAGUCACAUCAUACUUUAAAAAAUAUAUUCUAUUAGGUAAGACACCUAAAAAACAUGAGUGUGAAGAAUUUAUGUUGUUACAUCCUCAAAUAAAUAAACCUUGGAAAAAAGUUAAAGACUUUGUACAUAACAAAAUUAAUUCACUAAAGAAAAAAUAAAGAUUGCUUUUUCUAUUAUUAUUAUUUAUUUAUUUAUUUAUAUAGUUAAUAUAGAUAAUGAGCCUUAAUGAGAAACUUGUAUAGGUGCCGAUGGAGGAUUAUCUGUUACCGUUAUCAAACAUAUUAUACUAAGUUAACUACAGUUCACACAAUUAUUAUAAAUGUUGUUAGUUAUUACUAGAUAAACUAAGUAGGUUCUACUUAGUUGAUCUAUAGUUUGUAAGGCAUUAUUUUCCCUAUUAUUUUAGUUCAAUGAUAUAUUUUUUAAAGUAUCAUAACAAGGACAAUUUUAUAUCUUGGCAUAAGUCAUAAAUUCUCUGAUCAAAAUUAAGUUUUAAUUAAAAAAUUAAAAAAGUUAUUUUAUGAUAUGAUAAUAUUUUGUAUUACAGUGGAACUAUUUAUUUUAAGAACUAUUAUUUUAGUUACCUAAAUAAAUGUUGUGAGAUCCAUCUGACAAAAUUAUGUAUUGGUGAAGUUUGACAACAGUGUAUGGAUCUAAUAAGUACUGCACAAUGAAAAUUAGAAACACUAAAGGAUCUCGUAUGUUAACAAUUUUAACGUUUUAGAUCUCAUUGAGUACUAAAUUUAUAAUCUCACACACUGGAUCUCAUAAGGAUAGGAGACACCUUAAAAUAAAAGCAAGUGUUCUUGUAAUUUUAUUUCAGGAUCAUAGUUUACGUAUUAUAAAAAUAAUUUUCCAUUUACUCCAGUGCAGAUAUAAUACGUUUUUAGGGUGGAUCUCUCGUGGUUCAGUUUUCCAUAUGGAUCUCUUACUAUACAAAAUGUAUGUAUGUGUGUGACUGUG